ACAAAAUCUUGAAACUGUUACAUGUAACAGUAAACACAAACUGAAGAGAAAGAAGACACAAUGAGUAGCAGAGCUCUACUCUUCUCUUUCUCUCCACCAUCACCUUCUUCUUCUUCUUCUUCUUCUUCUUCACCACAAUCACGUACCAGAACUCUCUUUAACCAUUCACCUUAUCCGUUUCCAUUGCACCUGCUGUGUCACCGGAGGGGAAGAGGGAAGGUGUGGGCAGAUGUUAAGUCUGAGAAACAUGGGCCAGAAGCCUCAAGUAAGUAUCAAGAUCUUGCAGUUCAUAAGAAAGUAGUAAGUGGUUUGGAUGGUGUUGAUGUUGAGGAAGAAGUGACUGAGUCUUCAUCUUGGUGGGAAGUUUUUCCUAAGAGAUGGGUUAUUGUUAUUCUUUGCUUCUCUGCUUUUCUUCUGUGUAACAUGGACAGAGUAAAUAUGAGCAUUGCUAUACUUCCAAUGUCAGCAGAGUACAACUGGAACCCCACCACUGUAGGUUUAGUACAGUCUUCUUUCUUUUGGGGAUACCUCCUCACUCAGAUUGCUGGUGGAAUAUGGGCUGACACGGUGGGAGGGAAGCAAGUUUUAGCAUUUGGCGUCAUUUGGUGGUCCGUUGCCACAAUCCUAACUCCCGUAGCUGCCAAACUUGGACUGCCUUUUCUAUUAGUUGCCCGUGCAUUCAUGGGAAUUGGUGAGGGUGUUGCUAUGCCGGCCAUGAAUAAUAUUCUGUCAAAAUGGGUUCCUGUGGCAGAGAGAAGUAGAUCAUUAGCUCUGGUAUACAGUGGCAUGUACCUUGGAUCGGUCACUGGAUUGGCCUUUUCACCUUUCCUAAUUCAUCAGUAUGGAUGGCCAUCGGUGUUUUACUCCUUUGGUUCUCUAGGAACAGUUUGGUUUUGUAUAUGGCUUAGUAAGGCACAUAGUUCGCCACUUGAUGAUCCUGAAAUGCGGCCAGAAGAAAAGAAGUUGAUUGCUACAAAUGGUUUCUCCAAGGAACCUGUGAAGGAAAUACCUUGGGGAUUAAUUUUGUCGAAACCACCGGUCUGGGCCCUGAUUGUGUCCCACUUUUGCCACAACUGGGGAACUUUCAUUCUUCUUACAUGGAUGCCAACAUACUAUAAUCAAGUGUUGAAGUUCAAUCUCACAGAAUCUGGACUGUUUUGUGUUUUACCGUGGCUUACUAUGGCAAUUUCUGCAAAUUUUGGUGGUUGGAUUGCAGACACUCUUGUGACCCGAGGUGUAUCUGUUACAAGGGUCCGCAAGAUAAUGCAAACAGUUGGGUUUCUUGGCCCUGCUUUCUUCUUAACUCAACUGAGCCACAUUGAUUCUCCUGUGGUGGCUGUUUUGUGUAUGACUUGCAGUCAGGGAACUGACGCAUUCUCUCAGUCUGGAUUAUAUUCAAACCAUCAAGAUAUAGCCCCUAGAUAUUCUGGGAUAUUGCUCGGUCUAUCCAAUACCGCUGGAGUACUGGCUGGUGUUCUUGGAACAGCAGCAACAGGUUACAUUCUGCAACAUGGCUCAUGGGAUGAUGUUUUCAAGGUUUCAGUUGGGCUGUAUUUGGUCGGAACCGUGGUGUGGAACCUUUUCUCGACCGGUGAAAAGAUCAUAGACUAACAUACUGUUACCGACAAUUGAUACUUUGUCACACAACACAUAUAGAUACAUCUUGAGUACUUUCUCACAGAAGGAGGACUACAAGAAGAGAAAGGGGAUCAAAUUCCGAAGCAACUGUUUUUAUCGGAAUUCGUCUGAUAAAAUGGUAAAUUUUGUGGAUAGCGCGUUUCAUAGAUCAGAGGGAUGACAAGUGGUCCUUAUUGUCCUUGAAAGAUGGAUUGGAUUAUAUUUAUUUAAUCCAUGAUGUAUCUAUUUGUUUGCUUUUCCCAUAUUUGGUGGGAAAUUCAUAGUGAUUUCUUAAUUUAACAUCAUAUACGUGUAAAUAUAAUUUUCAAACCAAACACAUCAAUUUUGUGACAAUGAAUCAAGAAAAGUAGUCUAUGCAGUAUUGUUUAUACAA